AUGCCGUGUUGGGAUUCACCUGAGGGAUCUCCUCGCGCCCAGACUCCUCAGACAAUAAAGGAAUAUCAGGCUCAAGAGAAGAGAAUUGACAACGCCGUGAAAGUCGGCCAGGUCAUCUUUGACACUUUUAACCAGGUCAGCGCUGAGCGUAGUGUUGGUGGGUUGGAGGCCAGCAGAUGGGCUUGCGACCAUCACGUCUACUCGCUGGCUGAACCUGUCCUCAACCAGGGCAAAAACAAACCACAAGGACAAGAGGACAACAAGCAAAACAACACUGUGAACCAACCUCAUCCAAAGCGUGCUUCCAACGAGGCAAAGAUGGAGAAGAAAGAAGGACCCCCAGUUGUCAACAUUGAUGACACUGAGGCAUUCAUGAAAGCUGUUAAAAAGAUCAAUAGGGUUGGUGGAUUCGACCUGAAAGCUCCUCCAGCUCCCAAGGCUGCUCCUAUUGAGGUCAAGGAAAGCCGUGAGCCUGCUGCAGAGCUACGCGUUACUACGUCUACCCAGCCUGUUGUCGAGGAUAACAAGUGCCCUCCAGCUGAAGAGGAAGAACACGCUACGAAGGAAGACGGUGCUACGGAGGAAGCCUCGAUUCCGAAAGACGAAGAGGAGGAUCGCGAGCAUCUAGUCACUUUCAAGACCUGGGGAACUCCCGCUGAGCGACCAGUGACAGCCUCUGCCCCUCGCCGUAUCAUCCUGACCGGUAUCCCAGUUUUCCUUCGGGGUCCAGCUCGUCUCCUCGCUCUCAUCCAUGGCGGGAGGAUUGAGUCAAUUGUCGUGCACACAGCUAAUCAAUAUGCCGAAGUCCGCUUCUGUGACGCGGCUGCAUGCAAAGCGUUUUAUGACAAGUAUCCCAAUGGGAUUGAUGUCGACUAUAACGGUAGUCGCGGAACUGUGUUCGUGGACAUGGGCAAGGAGGUCGAUAUUGUCAGCUCCCGUCUGCUUGAAUGUUUGGAUCUCGGUGCAACCCGCGUGGUGCGUGCCAUAGGAGCUCCGCUGGACGUCAGCAUUGCUGAGCUCGUUGAGCUUGUCGACGGAAAGAAGUGGCAGCUAGAGAAGAUCAAUGACUCUUACGAAGCAUCUUCCAAAAUACGCACUGUCGUCUUUCGCUUCUGCUCCAUCGACACGGCCGUUCGUUUCCGUUCCUACCUCAUCCGUAUGGACAACUGGGACCAGGCUAACAUUCAGUUCGGCCCUGACCCAUGCGAGACUGCCACCGGCAUCCACUGGGAUUAG